GCAGCUGGGUGAGGUGGGUGAUGGUGGAGGAGGGCAGCUGCAGCAGCUGGAGGACAAGCUGCGGCAGGCGCAGCAACUGCUGCACGACGCGGACGCCGCGCACGCGCACGAGCAAGGCGAUGUUCCGUCGUUCACCCCGAGCCUGGAGUUCGAGGUGACGAGGCGCCGUGUGGGGCGUGGGGUGCUGGAGAUGUGGUGGUACUUGGAGGACCAGCUCAGGGACCUCAGGGGCAGUCUCGACGCCUUCCCCAACCACGUCAACCACAUCACAACCAUCAUCGAGAAUGGUGCUGAGCAUGCCAGGUGGGGCAAUCGCUACAUGUCAUUUAUUGUGCAUCAUCUUUAA